AACAGUAAGGAUCAGUCUUAGACCUUUAAGUUCAGUAAAUGUUAUAGUACUUUUAAAACAGUAAGUUUAAAAAGACAUAAGGCACACGGAAGACAAGCCGCUAUCGAGAAAAGGGCGAAAAUCAGCUACUUCGUGCGCCACAUAGGACAUCGAGUUUGUUUCUUUCAGUUACACCAGACAUAAUGAAGCUAUUGAUCAUGGUUUGUCUCCUUGCCCUUCAUACGAAGCCUUGCAAGUCAGAUUUAUACAUGCAUUUCCCGCCAGGAUCCAAUAAUCGCUUGAAUGGCGCGGGUGAAAACGUUGCAAACAAUGCCAGACUCUUUGAUUCACAGAACAACGACAAGUGCGGAUACAAUGUGGGUGACAAAUAUGAUGAUAACCCCGGAGAUAAUAUCAACGAGAAAAGACAAGAACCAAUGGAAUUUUACAUGAGCGGAUGCUCCUCUCAUGCAAAAACUGAAGUGGAUAUCAUGUGGACAAAUCAGCAUGGAACAGGACCAAAGACUGACGACAGGGUGGAAACACAAGUCAUCUUACAGUACAUGUGCCAGCCGUUCCCGGGGGGCGAGAUGCCCACUGGUGAUGUGGAUGCCGACUACGAAUAUCACACCAUUCGAAAUGGUCAAACAUCCACGUCUAACACAUUUGCUGAUCAGACUCAAGAGUCAAAUCAAAUUUCGAAACAUAACGGACUUCAUGAGCCGUACAACUAUUAUCAGGCUUACUAUCGCAGAUAUAGAAAUAAAGGUUUGUUCACCGCUGACCAGCAGCUUGCUGGCGAUUUACCAAUUUACACGCGGCAGAAUAGUCAAGGUACCAUAAGGGGCAUGGAGGUCCCUGAAGAACGCGAUUACUAUCCAUACUGGGGACCCACACCAUGGAAGGAUAUUGCUAUCCUUGUCAGCGAUGGAAAGACUGAGGAGCUGAUGAAGAGAUAUGUUAAUAGUUCCAAUUAUGGGCUCAAAUAUAUGUGCAUCAUGCCAAAAGGGCUAAAAGAUCAAACUGACUGCCCCCCAGACAACCAAGGUGUUGUUGCUGAAAAAUGUGUCGCCAAAUACAUCACCAGGGACAGGUGUAUAGCGGCCAAAGGAACUUGGACAGGGUUCAUCACAAAUUACUUGGAGAGGACUGCCGGAGUAUUGAGCACUUGUAAAGGUGUGGGUGACAUGAAGCUGGCAAAAGGCGUGCCCUACGAAGCACACAAGAUAUCACAAGGAUGUGAUAACAAGAAACAGUUUGUUCUUCUCGAGAGACCUCCUGAAGUGAUCUACGCCCCAUCUACCGCCGUCAACCACAAUGGAAUCAACAUGGAAGGCAAAUUUUCCUCUUACAAAUGGAAGGUCCCUUGCUUCCCAUCCAACACAACACAGCGUUGUGUUAUACGGAUAAGAUACAACAUCACCACUGAUGACGUACCAAGGGAAUUCAAUGCUUCUCAUAAUUACAAACUCGAAAAUAACCCGAAAACAAAAUCCGUUGAUAAAACAGAGCUACAACUGGCCUUGAAUACCGCACAAGUCGGGAGAACCUUCCAAGACAGAAGUCAUGUGAUCCUCCUUAAACCGCGAAACAUAAUGCAACCGGAACAUCAGAAUCGCACCAUUCGUUACAUCGGGGGGAUUGGAAAAAGAGGAAACAUUGUACAGACCUAUCCUGCCAUGGAAUAUCGUUUUUUUCCUGAACGCAUCACUGUCACAACAGAGGAAAUUGUGUGUUUCGUCUGGUCUGGUUCUAACAACAAUCCUCAGCACUAUGAUGGACAAGGAACAGCUGGAACGGAUCGCACAAACGUGUGUUGGAUUAAGGAAGGGUGCAAAACUCUGGCGCCGAAAUCUUGUUCCAGGCUCCCCUUUGACGUUGUUGAAUACGUUGAAAGAUUUGACAGCUACACUUUGAAUCUUCACCUCAACAGGGGGUGUUUAGUCCGUGACAAACCACUGGAUUCUCAACUCAAUAAUGCCCCAGCCUCCUGCAACCCACCGUGCUUCCGCAUUACGAAGCCUGGGGAGUACUGUUACAUGGGUACGCGCAAUAACAAUUUCUCCAAUCGACGUCACAUUGGUCAGAUUACUGUCAUCAAACCUGCAAAGUGAUAUAACUUACAUGCUAUGGCUAAAUUCAGGAUCAUUACUCAAUGGUGUAGGUUUUUCAAUAUUGAGAAUUUCGUGGCAAAAAAUAAAACGCGGAAAUAAGGGCAUUUAUGUUUAGUUCACGGUUGUACUUCAUUUUUAUGAAAGGUGUUGGUAUUUGCGAACAGUUAUCUUGAAAAAUAAAGUGAGAAAUUAUGGGUAA